AUGACGAAGGAAGUCGUGAGCUUGGUGUCAGUGAAUGAAGCAGAACGCCAGGAGCCGCUUAAACUACUGAAGCAAAAGGCAAAUAGCUCCGAGUCCCUCGCUACGUGUCAGACGUACAGCAAAAAGACACAGCCCCUCAAAGCAGGAAAUAGCCAAGAAGUCCCAAUUAUCAAUGGGAACGGGAACAUGGUAAAGGUCAAAUCCACAAAUAAAAUGGACAGUGGUUCUGGUAAAGACAAUCCUCCUUUGGCUAAGGCAAAACCCAAGGGGUGUGCAAUGGUUAAGAAUAUGAAUGGAACCAGAAGCAAUGGAAAAGACUGCAAAGAUAAAAAGAAAAAUGGUGAUAUUUUAAAGCAGAAAGAUGAUAUAAAACAUAAGAGGAGGAAAGCUGAAGAACAUGCAGAGCAGCAGCUCAAAGAGGCUGAAAUCUGGUUUGACGACGUUGAUCCAAAAGACAUUGAAGCAGCAAUAGGACCUGAAGCAGCAAAAAUUGCACGGAGAAAUCUGGGACUUGAAACACAUCAAUGCAGUCAGUCUGUGGAGCAGGUGCUGGUUAAGGAAAAUGCUUCCAAGGGGCUGACACGAGCUGUGGCCAUGGACUGCGAGAUGGUGGGAGUGGGACCCAAGGGAGAGGAUAGCAUCGUGGCUCGUGUGUCCAUCGUCAACCAGUUUGGAAAGUGUGUUUAUGACAAGUAUGUCAAGCCUACGGAAGAGGUGACCGAUUACAGAACCGCUGUUAGUGGCAUACGCCCAGACAAUAUAAACACAGGUGAAGAUUUUAAAACAGUUCAGAAGGAAGUCGCUGACAUCUUGAGGGGAAGGAUUUUAGUUGGCCAUGCUUUGCGGAACGAUCUAAAGGUCCUAUUUCUUGAUCAUCCGCAGAAGAAGAUACGUGACACACAAAGAUACAAACCUUUCAGACAGAGAGUUGGAAAUGGGAGGCCAUCACUGAAACUGCUGUGUGAGAAACUGCUAAAUGUUCAAGUGCAGACAUCAGAGCACUGCUCGGUUCAGGAUGCACAAGCAGCAAUGAGACUGUAUACCUUAGAGAAAAAGAAAUGGGAAGCUGCUGUUAAGAACAAAUCUAACAAGAAUUGUAAAACUUGA